AUGAGAGUCUCUCUAUUAGCCCUUGCGGCAGGUCCGUUAUUGGCAACGGCAGCUGAUUUAACAAGAAGUCCCCUGGUCCGAGCAACGACCCCUGACAACACCAACGAGGAGUACAAGACAGACUUAUUCGAAGGCACCACUCUCAAGCAGCAGGAGUCAUCUCUCAACAACUCUGACUUGACCUACACGCAACGUAAUGGCAAGCAGUACUUCCAGCCACUUGGUGCUCAAAGAGCGGGCGAGAAGGGCCCUUUACUCCUCCAGGACGUUCAUCUAAUCGAUACGCUGGCUACGUUCAAUCGAGAACGUGUUCCGGAGAGAAUCGUCCACGCUCGUGGCGCAGGUGCUCACGGAUUCUUUGAGGCCACCACAGAUUACGCCGAGAAGCUUUCUGCUGCCUAUGUUUUCGUCAAGGGAACUCGGACCUCCGUUACCAUGCGAUUUUCUACUGUUGGAGGUGCUCGUGGCAGUGCUGAUCAAGCAAGAGACCCUCGAGGGGUAGCGAUCAAGAUGCGAACAAAGCAAGGAAUCCUUGACUGGGUGUUCAACAACACUCCUGUCUUUUUCAUCCGCGAUCCCGCCAAGUUUCCUCGUUUCAUCCACACGCAGAAAACGGACCCGGCUACUAAUGUCCGCGACUGGAACACCUUUUGGUCAUGGCCAGCUCAGUUCCCAGAGUCUCUACUGCAGUUUCUGAGACUUUUCAGCGACCUCGGUACCCCUUACGGUUUCAGACAUAUGGAUGCAUGGUCCGGUCACACAUACCGCCUAGUCAAACCCGAUGGAAGCUGGGUCUACACCCGAGUCUAUCUUUCCACCGACCAAGGCAUCAAAAACUUCACCGCCGCCGAAUCCGCCGCGAAAGCCGGAGACAACGAUGCCUGGGCCACCAAGGAAUUAUUCGACACCAUCGAAAGUGGCGACUACCCUUCCUGGACCGUGGGAAUCGCCACAAUGACCGAAGAGGAAGCCGCCAACUACCGCUACGACGUUCUGGACCUCACAAAGGACUGGCUCGGGGUGGAGUACCACGAGAUUGGACGCAUCCACCUCACCCAGAACCCCACCAACUACCACGCAGAAAUCGAGCAAGCCCACUUCACCCCUGGGAACACCGUUCCCGGCUGGGAGCCCUCUGCAGACCCAGUUCUCCAAUCCCGACUUUUCGCAUACGGCGACGCGGGACGAUACAGACUCGGCGUCAAUGGCGAUGAUAUCCCCGUCAACUGCCCUCACGCGAGCGUUGCGAAUUUCGACCGCGAUGGCCAUCUCUCUCAACAAGGCAACCAGGGCUCUCGCAAGAAUUUCCCUGCGGAGUUCAUUGAUCCGAUCAAUGUGAUUAGCCGACCUGCUACUGAGACGGAUGUUAAAAUUGAUGGUACUACUGUCUUUUGGCAAUCGCAAAUCGAUGAGAAUAUCGACUAUGAGCAACCUGCGUUGUUUUAUGAGAGUUUCUCGCAACAGGAUAAGGAGAAUUUGUAUAGCAAUAUCGCGGGCACUUUGGUCAAUGUUGAUAAUAAGGAGGUGUUUGAGGGGAUUAUGAAGCAGUGGGGGAUUGUUAGCCCUAAGUUGGCGGAGGGUAUUAGUGCUGCGUAUGAGAAGGCGAAGAGUGCGGCCAAGUAG